AUGGAAGCAAGAGAAGCUCAAAAGUAUUUGGAGCUGCAAUCAAGCGGGCGUAAAGAUGAGAUCCGGCUCCACUACACGUCCCAACAUGACUCCAUGGUGCAUGUGGAGACGUUCCCCUACCGCCUAGCGGACAACGCUUGGCACAAAGUGGCUGUGUCUGUGAGCGGCGCGCAGGUCGAACUGCUCGUGGACUGCCACACGCUCUACCGCCGACUCAUUCGGCCUCCGGACCGCAACUUCACGGUCCCGCAGCUCACGUUGUGGGUGGGCCAACGCAACAACAAGCAUUCCCUCUUCAAGGGUGCUUUGGAGGAUGUUCGUCUUAUAAUGGGUCCUCAUGGCUACUUGAAGCAAUGUCCGUUACUUGAUUCAAGUUGUCCAACAUGUGGGCAAUUUUCUCUUUUACAAAAUACUGUUGAGCAAUUAACAAAAAACCUCCGGGAACUUUCUAAACGAUUAGAAGCUGCGGAAGGGCGUAUUAGUAAAGUAGAAGACUGUGACUGUCAAAAAUCCUGCAGAGUGAAUGGUUCUGUUCAUGCAGAUGGUGCUACAUGGCAGGAGGAUUGUGAUAUAUGUUCCUGUGUGCAUGGCGAAAUUCAGUGUCGGCCUGUACAGUGUCCGAGCAUUAACUGUAAGAAUCCUGUUUUCAACCCCGGUGAAUGUUGUCCUAGCUGUCUGAAACAGUGUUACCUACGAGGAGUUCUGUAUGAUCAUGGUGAAUCUGUGAAUUUACGACAAUGUGUGGAAUGUGAAUGCCGAGAUGGUUCCAUGCAUUGCAAGAGAAUUGAUCCUGAAACAAUGUGUCCUCCACUUCCAUGCACAACGCAGGAACAAUUCAGUGUUCCUGGAGAGUGUUGCAAGUUCUGUCCAGGUACAGAUUACUGCACGAAAGGACAUAUCUGUCAUGCAAAUGCUACCUGCCUCAAUUUACAGACCACUUAUGCCUGCCAAUGUAAUGCGGGAUUUUUUGGAGAUGGUCACAUUUGCCAUGAUGUAGAUGAAUGUCAACAGGAAGGAGGAUUGCAAGGGCAUCACUGCCAUAGUAAUACAAAGUGUGUCAAUACAGCAGGUUCCUAUGUAUGUGAGUGUUUACCAGGCUAUCGAAGGCUUGACAAGUUCAAUUGUGUUGAGCUAGAUGAAUGCAGCACAGGGGAUCAUGCCUGCCAUGAACAUGCAACUUGUGUUAAUACAAUGGGUAGUUACCACUGCCAGUGUCAACAAGGAUAUCAAGGCGAUGGCUACAACUGUGAACCUGUUUGUAAUCAAACGUGUCUAAAUGGUGGGGAAUGCCUUACUCCAGGACACUGUUCAUGUAGAAAGGGCUAUAUGGGACCCAGCUGUGAACUAGAUUUGAAUGAGUGUGCUUCUGAUUUACAUCAUUGUCAUGAUAGUUCAAUUUGUGUCAAUAUGCCGGGUUGGUACUACUGUAGGUGCAAACCAGGAUUCCGAAGUAUUUUUCAUGAUAACAGUUUGGGCACCAUGUGUCAAGAUAUUGAUGAAUGUUCUGAAAGGACUCACACUUGCCAUGAAUCAGCACAAUGUGUGAAUAUAGAAGGAGGUUUUAAGUGUACAUGUCCUGAUAGUGAAAAUCACAACUGUAAAUUGAAUUGUAUGUUUGAUGGUGACGAAGUCAUAAAUGGACAUAUAGUGAGUCCAAAAGGGCAUCCAUGCAGACAAUGUGAAUGUCAAGAUGGUGUAAUAUCAUGUAAAGAGCCACCUUGUGAUUGUUCAGUACAAGGUAGCAAUAAGGACAAAUGUUGUCCUCAAUGUGAUCCUUCUGCAGCAUGUCGUCAUCAAGAGCUAAAAAAUGUGGUCUUUCGAAGUGGUGAACGAUGGAUCUAUCAAUGCCAAACAUGUGAAUGCCUGUAUGGUGAAAUUGACUGUUGGCCAAUGGAAUGCCCACCACUCACUUGCAGCGAACCUGUUCUUACGCCAGGUGAUUGCUGUCCACGCUGCAAUGAUGAUCCAUGUGCUUUAGAUGCAAGUAAUAAUGGAAGUCUGACAAUAAGAGGACAGCCUUGUACAUAUGCUGGACACCUUUUUGAUUCCGGCACACAGUGGAAAGAUCCAUACGAUAAAUGUACCGCCUGCAAUUGCAAAGUAAGUGGUGAUCAACAGUGA